AUGCAGCCUUUUCACUGCACGGCACCCGCCUACUCGAGACCCCAGAGCGAAGUCACGGCCGCCCCGUCCUCGCUGCCGCUCGCCUUCCGCCCGCCCACCGCCUCGAGGAACGACGCCCGCCUGGCUGCCAUUGCUCACUGGAGCGCCCAGUGGCACAACGGACAUCUCUUCCUCCGGGACCCCAUCCGCGGCUACAUCGAGAUAUCGCCUCAGGUGAUACCGCCACAGUCCUUUUUCAACGACUCCACCUACCAUGACAAACGCUCCGAUGUCUGGCUCUCGCAGGUCGAACAUGCCCAGUACCUGUACACCGUGCGUGAGGAUCACGGUAUCCUAGCCUUCAAGGUCCAGCCCCAGACUGCCCGUCCCACCCUUCCUGCUCCCGAGGCCGUUUUGGGCAAACGCGCUCUGAGCAGCGAGCUCAGCACACCGCCUCCUCCCCCGAAGAAGACACGAGCCACCGUCAAGCAUGCCGGCCCCACCAGGAUACGGAAGGACCGCCGUGUUCAGACACCUGUCUACGACGACGUUUGGAAGAGGAUUUUUGAGCUCAGCGACCCUGCUAUGCUGUUCACUUACGAGAGAGUCAACAAGGCUUUUCGCGGCGCCCUCGCCACUUACAGCCACAUCUGGAAGAAUAGCAUGGUCGACCAUUUUGGAGAGGAUCUUCCCGAAACCCCCAAGGAUCUUCAGGAUCGUCAGUAUGCAGAUUUGCUAUCCGGCCAAGGCUGCAUGUCGUGUAAAGAACCAAAGGCACGCAAGACCUACUGGGCUUUUCUCCGUCGCUGGUGCACCAAAUGUUUCAGCGAAAAAGUAAUCAAGCAAGAGGACUGUUUCGCUAUCAACCGUAAAUUUCCCGGCAUUCUUGAGUGUAUUCCUUGUGCAACUGUGGAUUCUUGGAACCAUUACUCGUACGCCGGGUGGGGCGACGAAAACGGCCGUUCGACUGCUUCGGGAAACCAACCGGUGUUUUUGAAGGAUGAUGUAAGUGCAGUCGCUGCAGCCUACGAGGAGUUUAUGCGUACCUUGGACGAAGGGGAUUUGUCCGACGAAGAAAAGGAGGAAAAGCGGGCGGAAUGGAUCAAGGAGCGUAGGGAAAAAGCCAAGGAAGUCAUGGACGAGCGCCUGGAGAUCGACAAAUUCGAAAAGAAAUGGAUCGCUGCCCGGGCUCAGAAGAGCGUGGAUCUGAAGAACAUGCGCAAGGAGUUCAUCAUCCGCAGGGCCAAGAAUCUCAAUCCUCCGAUGUGUGAGGAAGUGCUCAAGCUUAUCCCGGCAUUCCAGGAAAACAUCAAGAUCAACAAGGAGUUCAAGACGGAGAAAUUCUGGAAGGUCCUUAUGCCGAAGCUGGAGGAAGCUCGCCCCCAGGCGGAGAGGCUUUACGCGAUGGAGACUAGAGCCAACGAGAUCGGAUACUGGGAUCUCAUGCCCGGCUUGCAGAACCAAACUAAUCAAAUGAGCACUUGUGCUGCCGGUGCUUACCACCAGCUCAUGGCACUGGUCGAGGCUUCGUUGAAAAGGGUUCACAACCUGGGUGCUCACAGUAAGGUGCAAAUCCCUCACCAAGAGUUCGCACUUCGUGUUCUGAACAUGGUUCGCCGGUCUUGGCCCAUGCAAUCCGUUGCUGCCCAUUCGCAGAUUCCGGAUCGAUCACCUUUCAUCGACUGCUACCCUCGAGAUGGCCGGUACGUUCUCACGAUUGAACAUGCGUGCAGAAUAUACGAGCGAAAGAUCGUUCCUAACCUUGAGGGGCUUUAUCCCGAAUUCCGCCAACCAACCCGCAACGUCCAGAAGUUCAAGUGCCCAGGGUGCAAAAGGAACGACGUUAGUAAGCAACGCACUUUUCGUCAGUUGAUGAAUCACAUCCGUGAGGAUCAUGCUACGACAAUUGGCGAUUUCCAGAUUUUUCGACUGGCAGGAUUCAGGUCUGAGCCCUACUUCUGCGCGGUUCCGUGGCCCAUAAAUCUCCCAGCUCUCACGGACAAACAGAAGUCUACUGGCACCUGGGACAAGGACUCUGAGCCGGAAUACGGAACAGUCGACACAUCUGCAGAGCAACCUCAAGAUAUCCUGCAGUCUGCGUUUGCCCGGAAAGACGUUUGCGCUCCCGAGUCGCUUCCAAAUGCAACGUCCAAAGGGCCGGCGGACUUUGUCGGUAACGUUCGAGAUGCUCUGCGUAUUCUCGAGGGUACGGGGUUGAGCGCUCCUGUCCGUAGCAAGAUCGUCAUUGAGUACGCCGACCGCCAAUGCAAAAAAGCAGACGGAAAAGACGCUUCCCUUGACUGGCACACUCUGCGCUUCGAGGUGGACGCUUUCCUGAUGAGCAGCAAUAACCACGACAUCUUGGACAAAAUGUGCUGUGGUGUCUGCCGGAGAGCCACAGAUGGAAAGACGCGCGGUGGCAAGAAUUAUGCCAGGAUGCCCAGUUCUCGUGCUGAGUUGAUCCGACACUUCGGCACCCAUCACCAAUCGAACGUUCAAACCUGGCCGAGGGACAUGUUCACGCUCCCUAGCGACGAGGAUGUUACUCGGGCACUGAGCGAGGCUUCUGCGGAGGCUAACAAGGCUUUCCAUACUCUCUUUCCUGAUUCAAAAGAACCGCCAAAGAGGGAGUUGGUCGGCAUGGAUAUCUUGGCAACCGUCGCGAAUCAACAGCAAAGGUUCAACGGCCCCUCCAGCAGCAUCAGCAACAGCCGCACCAGCACCAGCAUCCGCAUCCACAUCAAAAUCCGCACCAGCAACCGCACCAGCAAACGCAUCCACACCAGCAGCCGCAACCACACCAGCACCAGCCGCAACCGCACCAGCACCAGCCUCAACCGCACCAGCACCAAUCUCAUCGGCCAGGUCACCAGCACUCACACCAGCCGUUAG